AUGGGGACGAUGGUGCUGGAGGAGAGCAAAAUUGAUGACCCGACAGCGUUGCGGCGCAUCAUUUCGGCAGCGCAGCCCUGCCAAAGUCACGUGGGCCGCAUGAUGGAUGCGAGCCGAGCCCACGCCCACAUUUUCGCUGGCAUUGAAAAAAAGUCUCACUCCGUUGCGAAGAAGGAGCGAGACAGGCAGUUGCAGCUGCAGCGCGAGUAUCAGACUGCGUGGGAGGUCGCAGCCGUUCGCAGCCUGCAGCUGCCGGCGCUGCGCACACUGGCGCCGUCCUUCACAAAGA